AUGUACCUCACCAGCGCCCUCCUAGGCCUCAUUUCCCUCAACACCAUCUCCGCCUCCCACCUACCCUCUCCGCAACGCCUCUUCACAAACCCCGCCAUCCCCGCCGAAUCCACGACCUACAAGAUCCCCACGGUCCACGAGUCGGCUGUUCAAGCGCGCCGCAUCUUGCGCCUCGAGAACAUUGGCACCUUAUCUACAGUCUUCCCAUCCACCCCUCAUGCCCUCGAGCAACGCCCCUCCUCUGUGGCUGGCGCCCCAAUCGGAUUAAUGGACUACUUUGGCGACUGCGAACCUGACACAGGCAAUCCUACCAUCCUCGCUAUCACCAUCGCGACGAGUUUCAAGAACGUAGACGCUGGCUCCAACAUUACGCUCAGUCUGCGCUGGCACCCGCAAGACAGCAAGUGGCGGAGUCCGGCUGCGCUUCCACGAUUCUCGCUCGUCGGCCGCUUGGAGGAUAUUGAUGUCGAUGUGGUAGAGAAGGCGGGUAUUACGGCGUGUUAUGUGAAGAAGCACCCGGAUGCAGCGUGGUGGUUGCCUGGGAAUCCCAUCCAUCAGAGUAAGUGGGUCAGGUUGGUAGUCGAGGAGGUGUAUUGGAUUGGUGGGUUUGGUGAUCGCGCCUAUAUUGGGUGGAUUCCGAUAGAGGACUGGAGGGGUGUUACCGAGGAGGAGAUUGAGGGCGUGAGACUGCCGGGGGAGAAGACGGCGGCGUGGGGAGGUUUGCUGAAGUGGUUUGGAAUGGGUGGAAAUCAGGAGAGUAUUUUGGACCUGUGA